AUGGUUUUCGUUUCGAAUGGCUCUAUAAAAAUGGAAUUGGCAAUGGCCAUUUUGAAGUCUCAGUCUUUGAUGCCUGUUGGCAUGGCUGUUCUGGUUACGGGCCAACUUACUAAAUGUUCUGAGGAAAAUGCUGAAUGGUGUCGAAAAAACAUUGGCCAGAAAUCAGAAUGUGUACCGCUCACUGAAAAAGAAUUUGAAUGUCAAUGUCCGAUUGGCUAUCGAUUUGAUUCAAAAUCUUAUCCAUCCAGCUGUCGACGAAUAAACACAAAACGUAAAUCGAAGAUUUGUGGCACCACUAUAGCGGAUGAAACAAAUCUACAAUGUUUUCUGCAAAACUUGGCGCAAAAAAUGAAAUAUCUUCCAGGUAAUUUCCCUCAAAUUGAUCCAUCUUUAUUCAAAUACAACCAACCGUCCAUAUAUUACACUGGUAAAUCGGGUAGCCAUAUAAAAAUCGACGACAUAAGCUUAUCAAAAGAUGACAAAAACGAUAUUUGCUUGAGUUUCAGAUAUUUUUUGGCAGGUCAAAAUGCUCGAUUAAAUCUUACAAUGAUGUCAAAUGGGGAAAACGAACAAAAUCUUUUUCAAAUUAAAGGAAUAGAAAUGUUAAAACAUACUAAAGAAAUAAUUCAUGAUGAUCGUCGAUCAGUGAUGUCUUUUUCAAGUGAUAUGGAAAAGCUUUGUAUAAAAGAAAUGAUUGGCCUGAAACAAAUAGAAGAAUUAAAAUCUUUGACCAUCGUAACAACUUUUGACCACCAAUCUAAUGAUCUUACUUUGAUACAAAUACAUGGCAUUGAAACACAGCCUAUUGGACAACGAAUUUCAACUGAACCUUGGUUUUAUAUUAGCCAAACAAAAUCCGGUCUUAAACAGUUGCUCAAUUCUAAUGGUGGUUUAAUCGAAAAAAUUGCUAAAAGUGAUUGGUGGCCUUUUAAAUUCCCUAACAGACGAUGGGAAGACAGAAAGGUUGAUGAUAAUGAUGAACCAAUGAUUAUAUCGUUAAUUUCACAACAUUCAGAUACCACUGGAUUUGCUCAGCUUGAAAGUCAAUGGUUACAGCAAGCUAUAAAUAAACCGACAACCAUGACCAUCAAACUAAAUUCUAUGAAACCAAACAAUCUACAACAUGUACACAUCAUUUUAUUUAAUCAACAACGUCAACCAUUGUACGAUGUGGGUACUUAUCGUGUAUUCAUCAAAGAAGACGUCAAAGAUAAUGAAGACAAACAAGAUGUAAUUAUAUUGGGCGAAAAAAAAGUGAUCAAUGUGCCACAAUUGAACAUCAACAAGGAAACCCUUUACAAAGUAGUUAUUCAAUUUUAUUUCGAUGAUCCUGUUUCAUCAGUAAAUAAGCAAAUUCUUUUUGAAUUGAUGGAUUUUACAUUCAAUGAUCCAUGCGUUCAUAAUGACGGUAAAAAUCAGAAAUGUUUAAAUUUAAAAAAUGAACAUGAUCCGAAUAUCAAAUGUUUGAGAGACGUUUCAAGUCGUUCAAACAUCGAUUAUCAAUGUGAUUGUGAUUUCGAAAAUGGUGCCAAAGGACGUAAUUGCGAAGAUAAAAAUUAUUGUAAAUUUCGACAUCAAGACUACAAUAUGGAAAAAAUCAAUGGGAAUCAAUAUUGUGCGAUUGGGCAUGGUGAAUGUCAUGAAGGUCGAUUCAAGCAAUAUUAUUUUUUCUGUGAAUGCAAAAAUAAUUCGCUUUGGUUUCAAAUGGAACAAAAGAAAUGUCUUCCAGUGCAACAAUGUCUGCUUGAUAUGCCGGGCCAAUUAGAACGACGUAAAUGUCAUGAGGAUGAAACCAAUGAAAAAUGUCUUUGUAAAUGUAAAACUGGUUACAAAGUAGAUCCAAAUGAUAAGAAUAAAUGUGUGGUGAAUGAUAGCGACAAAUGUGAUCCGGGAUUUUGUCCUGAUGAGCGAAUGUUUUGUGUGAGGCAAGGUUCCCAACAAUUAUGCAAAUGUCCUCAAGGUUUUAAAUUCGAUGGACAAAAAUGUAAAUCUGAUUUAUGCCUAUUUCCUUCCAUGAAUCCUUGCCAGCAAAAAUGUAAACCUAAAGAUGAAGAACCAUACUUUCAAUGUGAAUGUAUUGAGCGAUAUUAUACGGCCAUCAUUGUGACAGAUCCAACAACCAAUGUCAGUUAUACCAAAUGUGAAUUACGAAAGGAUGUACCAGAGCCAUGUCAGCAAUGUACCGGCCCUAAUCAACUAUGUGUUGAUGGCCAAUGUCAAUGUAGAGAAGGAUUUGAAGCAAAGCGAUCAUCAAGUGACCAGAUUGAAUGCAUUAUUAAAGAUCUUAAGAUGGCUUGUCCAAACAAUAAACUGCAUGUUGAUUCAUUGACAAAUCGAAUAGUUUGUGAAUGUACGGACAAAGAUUUAACUGAUUGGUGGCAACAAUUGGACAAUGGUUCAUGCGGAUUGGUCAAAACUGCCUGUGAUGAAAACGAACAAGGUGAUCUAACAUGUCGCCGUUAUGGAGCAUUAUGUGUUCUCAAGUCAGAUCAUCCAGAUAGCUUCGAAUGCCUAUGUCCACAUGGAUAUAUGUUUGUCGAUGAAACUCAAUCAAAAGACGACAGUUUUUUGAUGAAAAACCAACUGUCUGGAUGUCAUCCAGUUUGUGAGCUACCAUAUUAUGACCAAUUAUGUUCAGCAAUUGGUGGUCGUUGCAAUCCUAGUAAAUUAUGGCCUCUACUUUAUCAUCGUACUUCGAAAGAUGAAAUAAAAUCGAAUUAUUGUGAUUGUCUACCGGGUAUGUUCCCUGACAAUGAUAACGAUGGUUAUUUCUGUCGACAAGAAUCAAACGUAACAGCUUAUCGAAUGUUACAUAAAUGGACGGUUGAAUUACAAAAUGAAUUCGAAAAUCGUAUGGAUGAAUUCAACAAAUUACUGGGAAGAUUUUUCAGUUAUUCGAAAAUACUGGAAACAUCUCUCAACAAUAACAGGUUGGAUUACAUUGAUCCAAUCAAUUGGGCUAGAGCACAAGUUCGUUCAUUAAAAAUUAAUGAAGAACGAAUUCAAAAUAAGCGAAAUGAAUGGAACGCAUUGAUAAAAGAACAAGUGUUGCGUGAACAAGUUCGUAUCAUGAUGGCAAAUUUUGGAGUAGUUGAACACGAAUUCCAGUUGGAUUUAGUUCGAAUGGAUUCUGAACAAAUCGAGAACAAUUCAACAAGCGCAAAUCAAUAUCAGGUGAUAGUCUAUGGUCGUGAUGUCAAUACAGACAAAAAAAUCAAAUGUUUAAAUCAUGAUAAUUGGUGUUUGAUUCCGUACUUACAAAUAGCAUUUGAAACUAAAAUUGAAUCAUUUGAGCCGUGUAGCCAAGUAAAUGUUUGUCAAGGAAUGUCCGAUUGUCAUGAAUCUAAAGGGUACUUUUCCUGCGAAUGUAAUCCGGAAUAUUUUGUAGUGGAAAAAUCGUAUCCAUUAAAAACAAAUGAUCCAUCAGCCAUCAGUAAAAAUGAACGUUGUUUAAGCAAAGCGUUAUGCGGUAAUUGUACGGACGAUAAUCAACAAUGUUUCGAAAUGGAUCCAGUUCGAAGUAAAGAUGAUAAAAGUAAAUGGCUAAAAGAACGAUUAUGUGGAUGUCAACCUGGAUAUCGACGAGAUUCAGAACAGGAACCUUGUGUCAGUGUUUGUCAACCGGAUACAUGUGGAUCGGGUGGUGAAUGUUUACCCAUUGGUAAUGACUAUAAAUGCCACUGUGAUAGCGAACAUUAUGGAGAAAGAUGUGAGAAUGAAUUCGCUUCAAAUGUAGGAUGGAUCGUAGCCAUCGUCAUACUCUCAUUGGUUGUCGUAGGGGCAAUAGCCGGUCUAGCAUAUGUGCUGCUUUUUAAAAAUAGGUCAACGAAUAAAGCUGAUUCACGUUCAUCUCCAACAUCAUCAUCAUCAUCAUCAGAAACACUCGAAUUUCACCAGCGGCAGGUUAAUGUAAAAAUCAUUGAACCCACCCAAUCCAACGCCAUCGAUAAUAGAUUAUCGUCUAAUCAGAACAGCACAAAUCCGACAAUAAAGAUGAUUCAUUCGCAAGAAUCUUCAACAAAUCGAUCGAAACAUAGAAUGGCUUUAAUCACUCGCAAUCGUGGUUCAUAUGAUAUAACACAGUCAUCAUGAUUGAAUUGUUUUUUUUUCAUUUGUAAUCUUGUUAUCAAAUUGAAGAGUUGUUGACAUUAAAACAUAUUUAGAUAUCAUUCCCAUAA